GGAGGAAAGCGGACGGAGUGGAGCGGCACGCCGGGACCCGGGAAUUCCAGGCUCCCCAUACCAACACGGACAGCCAGACCCCAUCUAGCAGGAGAGCAGCUCGGCAGCAUGGAGCUGUGAGGACUGCUGGUCGACGGGAUUUGUUUAUUCACCACAUCUGCGACUUUUCCCCUCUUAAUAUGGAGACUACACGCUGUUGGCUACUACUGACUGGACACUGCAUCCUCAUAUGCCAACUAGUUGAAGGAUAUGCAUACAGGAAUCAACGCAAGUUCUCUCAAGACAUCGACUGGUCGUACACAGGAACACUAAACCAGAACAACUGGGACAAGAAGUUUCCAUCCUGCAGCAAUGCCAAGCAGUCUCCUAUCAACAUCGAGGAGAACCUCGCCCAGGUCAAGCGGCAGUAUGAGAAACUGAGGUUUGAUGGCUGGGAGAGUCUAACGACGGACAGGACCACCAUCAAGAAUGAUGGCAAGACGGUGGCGAUUAAUGUGGAUGGAAACUUCAGUGUCAGUGGAGGCGGUCUAAAGUCAAAGUUCAAGGUGGGGCGCAUCACCUUCCACUGGGGGAGCUGCAAUGCCUCUUCAGUGGGCUCAGAACACAGCCUGGAUGGAGUCAAAUACCCUCUAGAGAUGCAGAUCUACUGUUAUGAGCCACAUCAGUUUGACUCUGUGGAUGAAGCCAUCAAGGCCAGGGGCAGAAUCACAGCGCUUGCUGUGCUGUUUGAGACGAGCACUGAAGACAACCUCAACUACGCUGCCAUCAUGGAUGGCAUAAAGACUGUGAGCAGAUAUGGUAAGAGUGCUGAGAUCGCACCCUUCACUCUGCAGGGUCUCCUGCCCAACUUCACUGAUAAAUACUUCAUCUACAACGGCUCCCUGACUACACCACCCUGCAGCGAGCCUGUGGAGUGGAUUGUCUUCAAGAACACGGUGGUCAUAUCUGAUGAGCAGCUGGAGAUGUUCUGUGAUGUGAUGACGAUGCAGCAGGCUGGGUACGUGAUGCUGAUGGACUACCUACAGAACAACUACAGGGAGCAGCAGGAGCAGUUCGUGGGUCAGGUGUUCUCCUCCUACACUGGCAUCGAGGAGCUCUUAACACCAGUCUGCAGUUCAGAGCCAGAGAACAUCCAGGCGGCGCCCUACAACCUCAGCAGCUUGCUGGUGACGUGGGAGCGUCCUCGGGCAGUUUACGAUGCCAGCAUUGAGAAGUACUCAGUCACCUACCACCUGGUCAAUGCAGAGGAAUCUCUCCUGUCUGAAUACCUGACUGACGGAGAUCAGGAUGUGGGAGCAAUUCUUGAUAACCUGUUGGCGAACAGCAGCUAUGAGGUCCAGGUGGUGGCUGUCUGCACCAACGGCCUGUACGGACGUGUGAGCGACUCAAUAAUCGCCGUCAUGCCCAUCGACAACCCUGAAAAUGCAUUGGAUCCAGAUUCAAAUGAAUUUUAUGAGGACAACUAUGAACCUGAUCCGUUUUGGAAUGAAGUGAACCAAAACAAGAAAACUGAUUUAAGUUGGAGUGCCUCUAACUCACCGAGGACAACAACUUCUCCACCGCCUCUUUUACCCUUACCUGAUGUCAGAGCUGUGACAACAGAGUUGGCUCAAAAGAAAACCACCACUGAGCCGACUCCUCUCAGAUCCACCCAACCAGGUCAAACAUCAGGCCAUUCUCAAAGAAUGCACUCGCAGCCACAAGAGGUUGCUAAACCACCAGAAACCAGAGGAAGGGCUGUCCACAACAGCAACACUCUCUUUUAUGUCUCUACCACCACCAAAGGACCAUCAACAGCUACCUACACGAUUCCUUUACAUGCCAAAAUAAGUCCAGGAGGUGCUUCAGAAAAAGCAGAAGAUGGUGUACGCACCAUAUCUCCAAGAGUCUCUAGCACAAAGACAGAAGAUGUGAAGAGUGUUUCUAAAUAUGUUCCCACCACGACCACAGUGGCAUCUCAGAGUGAAGACAGGAGAAGCACAUUAUCAACAUCAUCAUCCUUCCAGCCAGAGACCAAAUAUGGUUUGGUAGGAUCUGUAAGCGAAGACAUCACUACUUCACCUUCAAGUGAAAGCAUCCCAAAGAGUCCAACAAGUCCCAGCAUGGCUCAUUUCUCAUCUACAACAAUCUCUGUUCUGUUGAGUGGUGUUCUCUUGCAGGCGACGAAGUCGAUGUCCAACGGUGAGCUCAUCUCUUUCUCCACCUCCUCUUCCUCCUCCCCUCUGUGUGACACCUUGGACCCGAACGCCACCCCUCCCACCUGCUUGCAUGACCCUCUCUCCUCGUGGCCUGUGUUGUCUGCCUCUGCAGUGACCUUCAAGCAUGAUGCUACUGCAGCGUUGUCUAGCAACGACCUGGCUUCUCCUCCAGCUGCCACACUCUCUGCCUCCACCCUGCCUCACCUCCCACACCCUUCUCACCCCCUGUCUGGUUUGGAGGCUAACUCUGUCUAUCCUGGUGUGGGUUUUGAUGAUAGUGGUAGUAAUGGCGAUAUGCUGUCUCAGUCUUCAGUUGAUCCCUCAGCAUUUAGUGAUACUCCUCCACUUCAAAUAGGGGUGGGUCCGUCUGGCACCACUGUUGCGACCAAACUGUCUGAACCUUCCUGGGAUCUGUCCCUGUCAGAUAUCUCUCUUUCCCUCAGCCCUACACUACAGCCUUCAGUUCUUCUCUCUAGUGACUUUGCUCUUUCUGGUUCCACUCCGGGCUUAUCCAGACUUGUAUCAGCUGGUUUUGAGGACUCGAGAUAUGCUACGGGGGGAACAAUAACAUCUUUUCUCCCUGAGAUCCGUGGUGAUGGGUUUCCUUUAGCUAGCGAUGGGGACAUAAUGUGUGGCUGUUCUCUGGAGCCUUCAGCAUCUUCAUCCUGGCUGCAUGCCUCUCCUCAUGUACCAAUACCGUCACCAGCCUGGGACUUUUCUAGCCUAGAACUUUGCUCUGGGGUGGACCAUAUUUCGGCCUCUGUUGAUAUAGACAUCCUCCCACACUCUCUACCGGUUGUGGGCUCUGAUGGUCUGUCUUUAGACCAGAUGUUGAUCUCCCAUAGUGUUGUUUCUCCAUCAUUGUCCCAGUUUCUCCAGUCUACCCAUAGUGACCUGCAUGUUUCUGUUGCAGCCACAGUGUCUGCCAGUAUGGAUUCUUGGUUGCCAUCUUCAGAGAAGAUGUCUCCCCACCCUUCCUCACCCACAGUCUCCUCCUCCUUACCCCCAACCCCAAAAGGACAUGUGUUAGAUACUAGCAGCAGUGCGUCUGGCUCGGCCAUCUUCCCUGACUCUCAGGAAGGCAUAGAUCAAGAGUGGGACAGGGCUCAAACCUCGGCUUCUGGGGAGAACGUCCUCUCUCAUUCAGCCAAAGUCGUUAAAACUCCCCCUCCGUCUCCGUUCCCGUUUGUGGAAUCUGGCCAGAGCCCAGAUGAACUGGAAGAACACCCUUCUGCUUUCUAUUUUGAAAGUGGGAGUGGCAUUUCCAUAACUGCAGAGGUAGGAAGCACAGCAGCACCAACGUUAUCCUCGGCAACCUCCGCUUCACCCUCGCUGAUGGGCGUUACAGAGGAGAGCGGCUCAGGGCAGGGCGAGAGCCUCUACGACAGUGAGACGUCGUCCGACUUCAGUAUCUCAGAGCGUACAGAAAAAGGUUCGGAGAAGGAAGAGCCAGUCGCAGAUGCAAGUAACAGCAGCCAUGAGUCGAGGAUCGGCUCCAUCAGGGAGAGAGAGAAGGCGGUGGUUCCUCUGGCUAUCAUCUCCACCCUCACCGUCCUGAGCCUGAUCAUCCUCAUUGGUAUUCUCAUCUACUGGAGGGUGUGUUUUCAGACGGCCCACUUUUACAUUGAUGACAUCUCGUCGCCCAGAGUCAUUGCUGCCCAGUCCACUGCUGCGUCAACAUGUGAUGAUGAACAAACAACUUUUCCAGCAAAGGACUUUGUCCAACAUGUGGCUGAGCUGCACAGCAUCCAGGGCUUCCAACAAGAGUUUGAGAUACUGAAGGAGAGUUAUGAGGAGGUGCAGACGUGCACGGUGAACUUGGGGAUGACCACUGACUGCUCCAACCAUCCUGACAAUAAGACUAAAAACAGAUACAGCAACAUCUUGGCCUGUGCGUACACAUCAAUACACACCAGAAUAUAUGACCACUCUCGGGUGCAGCUUUCACCGCAGGCUGCCAGAGAAGGGAUGACGGAUUACAUUAACGCCAACUUCGUGGAUGGUUUUAAGAGUCCACGUUGGUACAUCGCUGCUCAGGGUCCUCUGAAGACCAGCAUAGAGGACUUCUGGAGAAUGAUCUGGGAGCAGAAUGUCAGCAUCAUCGUCAUGAUCACCAACCUCGUAGAGAAAGGACGAAGAAAGUGUGAUCAGUACUGGCCAGUGGAGGUCCAGGAGGAGUAUGGCAGCUUCCUGGUGACGGUGAAGAGCACCAAAGUCCUCGCCUACUACACCCAGAGGACCUUUACCGUUCAGAACAUCCACAAUAAAAAGGGCUCCCAGAAGAAACAGGGUAAGGACCGGACGGUGACGCAGUACCACUACACCCAGUGGCCGGACAUGGGCGUCCCGGAGUUUCCUCUGCCACUGCUCAGCUUCGUCUAUAAAUCAUCCAGAGGCAAGACAGAUGACAUGGGGCCAGUGGUGGUACACUGCAGUGCUGGUGUUGGCCGAACAGGCACAUACAUCGUCCUGGACAGCAUGCUGAAGCAGAUAAAGGAGGAAGGCGCUGUCAACAUCCUCGGCUUCCUUAAACGCAUUCGUACACAGAGAAAUUAUGUGGUUCAGACUGAGGAACAAUAUGUUUUCAUACACGAUGCGUUGGUAGAAGCCAUCUUGUCUGGAGAGACGGAGGUUAUGGCGGCUCAGCUGCACAAAUAUGUGAAUGAGCUGCUGACCACGGGUCCUGCUGGGAGGACGCAACUGUGCACACAGUUCAAGAUGGUGUGCCAUUCAGGGGUGAAGCAAAGUGACUUCUCUGCUGCUCUCCAGGACUGCAACCGCAGCAAGAACAGAAACUGCUCUAUGAUUCCUGCAAACAAGUCGCGAGUACGUCUUUCUGUCACAGCAGGAGAAACGUCAGACUACAUCAAUGCCUCAUACAUUUCUGGUUACAGACGGAGCACUGAGUUUAUCAUUACUCAGAAUCCUUUGCCUGGUACCAUAAAGGACUUCUGGAGGAUGAUAUGGGACCAUAAUGCUCAGCUCAUAGUGUCACUGCCUGGGAUGAAUGGAGAAACAGAGCCGUGCAUCUUCUGGCCACGGAAAGGUCAAACAAUCAACUAUGGGAUGUUCACCAUCACUGAGAGGAGCGAGACUAACAUUUGUCUGUCCAAUGAGGACAUGCUGGUAGUCCAGGACUACGUACUGGAAGCCACACAAGAUGAUUACGUUUUAGAGGUGAGACAUUACCGCGCCCCCUGCUGGCCAAACCCAGACAGUCCCAUCAGCCAGACCUUUGAGCUGCUUAGCCUGGUGAAGAAAGAGCGCAUUGGCAAGGAUGGCUCGAUUGUCAUCCAUGAUGAUGUUGGGGGAGUCACAGCAGGAACUUUUUGUGCUCUGCUGUCGCUGACACACCAGCUGGAGGCUGAAGGGUCAGUUGACGUUUUCCAAGUGGCCAAGCUGAUAAAUCUAAUGAGGCCAGGAGUCUUCAAUGAUAUCGAGCACUACCAAUUCCUGUACAAAGCCAUGCUGAGUCUCAUCGGGACACAGGAAGACGAGGAAACGCUGCAGUCGUCUGACAACAACGGGACCAUCAUGGUGGGAGCCACCAGCACCACAGAGAGCCUGGAAUCUCUGGUGUAACUGGCCAGGGGAACAGAAGGAACUGAGUUUGAAAACAGCAUUUUCUCCUCUUCAGCCACCAACACAACUUCUGAUGCUGCAGCGACUCGCUUCAGAACUCUUGCUGUUUGUUUUCAAAGAGUUUCUUCUUCGUUGGUAUUUGUAUAAUGUGUGCCUUUUUACAUUCUUCAUCCUAAACAUUUAACUUUGAUACAAACUGUAGAUUAACUGUCCAACUGUUUGAUAUUGUACCUUCCUCAGAUGUUUCACGUUACUAACUCUUUUUAAACUUUUGUAUUUAUUGGCACCAAAUGGGGACAAAAAGGGAAAAGUUUCAUCUUAAAUUAAACUUUGUUAGCUCGUUUUUUGUAGCGCUUUUGCACUGAACUCUGUAUAUAUCUUGGCAACAGUAGCAGCAGUCUUCUAACAAAUUCAAAUAUUAAAUAAGGGCCUGGAAAAAUAAUAAUAAAAUAAUAAUAUUCUAAUGUAAAUAAUAUUAUGGUAAUCACCUUGAUGGACCAAAUUUCUAUUUAUACUUUUAGAUUUUUAUUUUAGUAUUUUUAGUGCAUAUAAAUGGUUUCAUUCUCAUUGCUUAGCUGGAGAAUAUUAAUGUUUUUAUACUUUUUGUAACAAACUAACUGUGAUGCAUGAGAUAGUCACAUUUGUGUCUUUUUAGCUGGAUGUGGAAAACGGCUGGAUUAUUGGUAGGGGAUUAAAAUUAGUAAAAAAAAACAAAAAAAAAAAAAAAAAA